AGCAGUUAAGGCAGGCAGUGCUCCCUCCUGCCCGGGAGGCAACCUCUGCGUUUGAACACGGGCUGGGGCUCCCUUUGGUGCGGCUCGGGGAGGGGGCAGGCGCGCCGCUCCGGCUCUUUCUUCCCUGUGCUGAUCCAGCGGAGGUGGAGAUUUCCCGAUCCCACCCAGCCCGGCGGAGACGGGAGGAUCUGCUCAGCCUGCCUGAACCCGAGCCGCUCGCAAGUCGUGCCGGAGGGAGCCGCCUGGUAGGGCUCGGGGGCGCUGAGCGGGCCAGGGGCGGCGGGUCCCACCUGGGGGCAGCACAAGGUAAAGAAGUGAGAAGGAUCACAGUAAAAUAUUGAAAGAGCUGUUUCACACAAUUUGCUUGCAAUUCAAGGCUUCAGGAUGGGAGCUUUUUGCUUAUGGGUGUCCUUGAUGCUUCUGGUACCAGGAUUUGUCCUCAGUGACAGUUCUGAUAGAUACUACACCAAUCUGAGUACUUUCACCAUCUACUCCAGAACAGAAGCUAACCUACUUCUUACUACCAGCAAACCCAUGGUGGCCAACAAAACUCACCCUUGCAGCCAACAGACGAAAAUUGCUGACACUUUUAAAUACAUUAACACAGUGAUAAGUUGUGCUAUUUUCAUCGUUGGAUUGGUUGGAAAUGCAACUCUCCUGAGGAUCAUUUAUCAGAACAAGUGUAUGAGGAAUGGCCCGAAUGCACUGAUAGCUAGCCUGGCACUAGGAGACCUUAUCUAUAUCGUCAUUGAUAUUCCUAUCAAUGUAUAUAAGCUUCUUGCUCAAGGGUGGCCAUUUGAGAACUCCGAUUUUGGAUUAUUUCUUUGCAAAUUCCUCCCCUUUAUACAGAAGGCAUCUGUGGGAAUCACAGUUCUCAAUCUCUGUGCCCUGAGUGUGGACAGGUACAGGGCAGUUGCUUCCUGGAGUCGUGUACAGGGAAUUGGAAUCCCUAUGAUCACUGCUAUUGAAAUUUUCUCCAUUUGGAUUCUCUCCUUUAUACUGGCUAUUCCAGAAGCAAUUGGUUUUGUCAUGGUAACUUUCAGAUACAGGAAUGAACGCCACACUACCUGCAUGCUCAAUGCUACAAGCCCGUUUAUGGUGUUUUACAAAAAUGCAAAGGAUUGGUGGCUGUUUGGUUUCUAUUUCUGUGUACCACUAGCAUGUACGGCUGUCUUCUACACGCUGAUGACAUGUGAAAUGCUAAACAGGAGGAACAGCAACUUGAGAAUUGCUCUCAGUGAACACCUAAAGCAGCGUCGAGAAGUUGCCAAAACUGUUUUCUGUUUAGUAGUGAUUUUUGCACUCUGCUGGUUCCCUCUCCAUUUGAGUCGAAUUUUGAAGAAAAUGGUAUACAAUGAAAAGGACCCUAACAGAUGCGAACUGCUUAGUUUCUUGUUGCCACUGGAUUACAUCAGCAUCAACCUGGCAACCAUGAACUCUUGUAUAAAUCCAAUCGCUCUCUAUUUUGUCAGCAAGAAGUUUAAAAACUGUUUCCAGUCAUGUCUGUGCUGUUGCUGCUACCAGUCUAAAAGUUUAGUGACUUCAGUGCCAAUGAAUGGAACAAGCAUUCAGUGGAAAAACCAAGAGCUGAACAACCACAUUAUAGAUCGAAGCAGCCAUAAGGACAGCAUAAACUGAAACUAAAGAACUUUGACAUCACUUCAGAAUCCAUCAGGACAAAAAGUAUCACAUCAAAGCUGUUUAAACAGGAAAUCAAUGAGUAUUCCAUGAAAUAUAAUCUAUGCAGACGUUUUUGUGCCCUUCUACCUAAUUACACAGACAUGACCGAGUAGAUUGACCACACACUUAAACUUCUGUGAAUUGGGAUCUUCCUGACAAUGUUCCUGUCUCUGACAAUUAUACUCAUCUUAUUGUACAGUUGAAAGACUCAUUCUGCACUGUGCAGACUGCUUGCUGUCUAUGAACCAGGCAGGAAUGGCCCAGUGUGGAACUGGUACACAGCCAUGUCUUUACAUGAUGGUUGAUUAGAAUUAUUCACAUGGGAUUUUUUGCAAGAUGUCAAAAGUGGAAUCUGGGAGCGUAUAGUUGAUCUCUGCCCUUCUGCCAAGGAAAUACUUAAUUGAGUGGUGGUUAUACUCUGUACAAGAGCAUGUUUAGCAUGAUUUUUACAAAGCUUUUAUUUGGAAAUGUGUGAAUCUGUGCCAGUAUUUUUUUUAACUUAAUUUUGCAAGAUGAGACAAUGCAAGAGCUGAACAUUUUGCAUUUAAAGCACUUUGCUAUUAAAAGAUUGGAACAGACCUUCUCACAUACCACCAACAUUAGGCACUUACAGCAUAGACUGAUACCAAAAAGAAGGAAAUAUAACACGCUACAUAUUCUAACUCUCUGCUUAGUAAACUUUUUUUCUAUAUUGCCAAAAAGAAUAAUCUGUGACAAUAAAAAAGAGGAAGAGGCGAUCUUUCAACUAGUCAUAUUUAACUCUUAAACUAGAUGAACCUAUAUUCAAACUAUAUCUGUUUUGGAUGUAAAUUGAAUUGAGAGUGCAGAAGUAUUAAUGGUGCACCAUAAACACCUUACUAGGACUGUCUGGAACUCUUCUCAGAAGAUAGUCAAGAGCAGUUCACAAACUGUCACAUAAUGGAGCUGAAAUUAUUGCCUCAGCAAAUGAAGACAGAACUCAUACUGCAGUCCAUUAGAGUUGUAUACACAUAAUGAUUUUAUGUCUCAUGCUUACAAAGUUCAGAUGUUUAAAAUGAGUAUAAAGUUCUUAUUGGGGUUAUUAACCAUAAAAAUACUAUUGACAAUAUAAUAUAUAGAAAAUAUUGCUUACAUACAUGUAAACAUGUGACAUGACUUUCAUUACCACCAGCUCUUGUUACAUGGCAAGACAUUUGUUGUUUGGCUGUUAUAUCUGCUAAAUAGAUAGUGUUUUAUUAAAUAGAAGAAUGAAAUAGAGCAGUAUCAGAUACAAUAUGCCUGCUGCAGAAACGUACCAUGAGAUUUAUAAUAUCUGGUAGGCCAGGUUGCAAGGUAAUAACUACAAUGCUGUUUUUAACAUCCAGUUGUGUUGCAAGUAGAAAAGCCUGAACAUUAUUUACCAGGUCAAAGUAUUAAGUGCCUUCUGCUGCACAAUUUCCCAAAUGUUUACACACACAGCAAAAAGAAUCUUUUAAUGUAUAUUAAAAAAAAAUCCUGCUCUUUAAACUAC